AGAAGGCUGGAGCUUUUCGAACAGCUGCUGCAGCCUCGUCAGCAGCCCCGGGACUGUGCAAAGUUGGGGAGAAACCGAAGCACUUGGGGUUUGAGAGGUGCAAAAAGAGCAUUUGAGUUGGCGGAGCGGCGUUUCUCCUCUUAGCAGCGCGAUCCUUUAUGAAGCAGCCGGAACAGUUUUGAACAGAAGGAGGCUAUGAAGAUUGCAACUUUACACCAAUUUAGAGAAUGAGAUCUGCGUGGGAGUAACAUAUGGUUAAGCGUGCAGAGUAUAGCUUUGCACAUCUGGCUGGCAUGGAGAUCGCCUCUUCGGUCAAGAUUUGGUGAAGGGCGCUUUGUAUUUUGGCAGGUUUGUCUCAUUGCUCUCGUGGUUUGUUAUUAAAUUGUGCAAAAAUCGCGGGAAGGUUUUUAUUGUUGUUGUUUUGUCCAUCACCAAACAAACUAAAAGGAACCCCCGGGUAAUACCUUUGGUGUCAAUGCUAAUGUUAGCAAUAAGCAUCUACAAAGGAGCGAGGAAGUUUCCUCCGAAUUAAUCAAAACCUUUUAGGCUAUAAUUCUCUUGUCUGCUUACCUGAUGUAAGCCCCAUUGAACUCGACGGGGUUUACUUUUGACUGGGAAUGCAUAAGAUUGUGCAGUUAACUCUUCUUAGUUUACAAUCCCAAGUAAUAAAAGAGAGCUCUCUUGGAAAGAUUCAAACUUGAAUGUCGGGGUAUAAAUAGAAACAGAAAUAACAAUGAAAAAUUUUCACCUGGCUGGAAAAUAAAGCACACACACAUUCAGUCUUACUUAUGUAACUUGCAUGCCAGCUGCAGUAGAAAACAGAAUACAUACAUUUAUUUUUUUGGCAUCUGUCUGUCCCAAAAGACAAUGGAGUGCACCUCCUGGGGUGACGCCAAACCACUGCCACUAAGCGCAAGCCUGGGCAGUGUGUAAAUGUAAUCCUAGGUACGUCUACUCAGAAAUAUCUCCCUCUGAGUUAAAUGGUACCUUCUUCCAGGUUAGACAUGUUUAAGGAUUUCAGCCUAAAACCCUAACAACCUCUUCCUGCCCACUCUUUAUUUAAUUUGCUUCACAUUCGGCUUGGUGAGGAGCUCUGAUGAACUCAAAAUAUUUUGUGCACCUCAUUGUGACCUUUUAGUUAGGCUUGAUUAUUAAAAUAUAGGAAGAUAUACAGAUUAUACAGUUCCUUCAACAGAUUUUUCUUAGCUUUCAAGGUAAAUAAUGCAGCAGAACCUGUAAUCCCUGAUGAUUAUGUACCCUCGGGCAAGAAGCCAGUUUAGGAGAAAUAGGAUUGUGGGUUAUACUCCUAACAAAUGACAGCUUCAGGGAUUCUAAGUGUACCUUCUUAUAUGUUGUAUAACUCUUUAAUAAGUGUUGGCUAACAGUAAAAUCUUCUGUUUUCUUAGUGUAGUAUCUUAACUGCUGUGUUUAACAAGCCCACCCACUGCAGUUAAUAAAGGAAUAUUAUGUCUCCUGGUAACAUUCCACUAGCUAGGCAACGGUUUGAACAUUGUAAGGGCUUUAGCUGCUUGUUCAUCCUAAUCUAGGGUGUAAAGGAAAAUAGAAAAAAGCUGCCAUUAAUAAUACAUUUAAACAUCAAUACAUUCAUCUUAGUUUGUACAUAUAGAUCAAUAUGUGCCAUCCAGAUGUCCUAAUAUGUCUUCAAAUGAAGUUGGUGUUCAUAGAAAGUGCACUCAAAUGUUGCAAGGACUUUAAGGUCAUCAGACCACUGCACAGUAGAUGGUGCAUAUUUAUUGUUCCAGGCUUUUAGUGACCAUUAGGACAUGUAAAAUCUAUUAUUAUUGUUCUGCCAUUAAGCAGCAUACAAUAGAAAUAUAAUUUAAAAGUACAUGAACAUCUGCAAAUUUCUAGGAUUUUGCCAGUGCAAAAUUGAUAAGGAUAACAUCUUUGGACCAAAAAGAAAAUAUCACCGGACAUGCCCACAGGGUUAGGGUUUUAACUGCUAUCAAAAAUUGAUAGUCUACUUUCCCUGGGCUGGAGACAUUUAUUACAUUUGGAUAAUGAAACAUAUCUAUUGUUAGUGCUUAUUACAGGAGAAAAUGGUAUUGGCCUUUGUAGAUUUUAGUCUACCUAAAAUAACACAGUAACCAGUUCCUUGGCCCAGGUGGAAGCUUCCAGGCAGCUGUGAACCCCUAGACUUCUCUCUCAACCCUUAAACCUUCAUUGAAAAGGGAAAACUGCUGUAUCUCCUCUAAAUUGUAAGUCAAAGAGCUCAGAUGGUAUUUUGCUUUCUUUCCUUGGGAUAACCAGAUUGUCUUUAGGUUAAAGCUUCUUUGAAAGGUUGUAAUGACAUAUAAUUAGGUGGACUCUGAUCCUGUGGAAAUACUCCCACUGUCGUGAAUCUGUUCAAAAGAGAUCCUUGCAACAUCACAAUUCACUUCUAGGGCAAAUAACCCAUGAAUUCUGUACAAUGUGUACUGUUUGAAAUGUGUCUGUACAGGCCUGGCUUUUGGCCUACAAAAGUGCAUCGUUGCUGUGGCAUCAUCUGUAAAAAAACCUUUGGCUCACUAGGGGUGUGUGUGUGUGUGUGUGUGUGUGUGUGUGUGUGUGUGUGUGUGUGUUCCUUGAAUUUCAAAACAUUCUCUAACUUUGAAAGCUUCUUGUGGCAACAUGAGUAACAAUUCACACAUUUCCUUGAAUGUCCUCCUAACAGGGCAGAGAACCAUAGAGGCAAAGCUUAGUUUCUGAAGACUCUACAUAGACAAAAUGCUCUAGAAAUGGUGUGUAGGAUGUUACUAAGCAAUGAGGGAAAUGUGACCCUCCAGGCCUCUCUAUGUGGCCCCAUAUACCUUCCUCUGGCCAUGCCACUCACCAACCCUACUUCAUUCCUAGCUGUCUUGGAGUGUUUUGGGUUGUUUGGGCUGGAAUGUGUCCAUAAGCUCUGAUACUGCUUCUUGUUGGCUGGAUGAAAAAUAGAGGAGGGCUGGCUGUAGAAACUAGUCUACUCUGCAGAGGUAAAAUCUGCAUUCAUUGCUCUGCCCGCUUCUGAAGCCCCUGCCCAGAUGGAAAUGAGGCCCUUAGUUUAAGAAAAGUCCCUUCCCCCGUCCCCCGAACUGGGGUGUCAAGAUCUGGGACAGCGCAUGCCUCUGUUCCACUUGGUGGUCAACCUUGCAAUUUUACUUUGCUGCCAUCUGAGCCCCCAGGCCCUGCUACAGUAAACAAUUCACAGCACUUUUUAUAAGUGCACAGCUGCUUAUCCUAUAAUAUUGUCACUUUAACUUGCUUUGUCCUUGGAAUUUGUUUAAGUGCUGUGGGGCUGGCUAACAGUGUGGCCCUCCAGAGGCAUUUAUUUAUUUAGCAGCAUUUAUAUUCACUUAGUUUGCAAUAAAAUCCCUAAGUACUUUCCAUAAAAUGGUAUAAAAUAGCAACGAAAACAGCAGACAUAAUAAAAUGACCAAAUUAUCGUUAAGAUCAACAGAUGUUAGAAACAAAUGUACGCAAUAAGACCAGUGUCAUUGGGCUCCCAACUCCUAUCGGCUUCACCAGCAUGGCCAACAGCUGGGAGUUGUGAUCCAACACCACCUGGAAGGCCACAGGGUAGCUAUCCUGGUUUGUGUGAUCAUAGGGGAAACCUGAAGUUAGGAAGCUACCUAAUUCUCAGCCAGAUGGUCCAUCUAGGUGUUCAGAAGCAGCCACCAGAUAGAGCCCUAUUCUCUCUUUCCCUCUCCCUCUCUCCUUCUUGUCUUAAUGAGAACAAUUUUAUUCUAUCCUUGUUUGUUUGUUUUCUCUUCCAGCCCAAAGUUCUGCUUAAGAAACAGAAAACUGCAAGAAAUCAGAGAGGGAUUUUCCCAGCGUGGCUUCUCUUCUUGUGUGGGCAUUGAGUGGACAGGGUUAGACUGAUGCUGUUAACUCCCGUCCAAGGGUUACUGGAGUCUUCCUUUGCUACAGAAAAAGGAUAUAUAUUUUUUAACUUCCUGCCCAUCUUCUGAAGGGGAUAUAUAAAUCCAAAAAUACACAAGUGUUUGUUCCAUGGAAAAGGCCAUUGGCCAGCUCAGGAGCUGGUGAUCUUUGCUGGAUUUCAGAAUGGAUUUAACCUUUGCAGUGGCUUUCUAUAGGACGGUGCAACAGUGAUCGUGACCUUGGAAGGAACACUGGUUGUUUCCCCAGCACCAUUUUGCCUGUUUGACUUGCUAAUCUAGCAGCAUCCACAUCAGGGUCUCUGUUGGCUGUUAAUGUACCCUACCUUGAAAACGGCGUAUUCUUCUGGAAUGUAGCCACUGUCCAUUUGACUAAAGGAAGAGGCCAAAGUCCUUGGCCCCGCCAUGGGUCGCUUAGAUGACCAUGCCAAGAAACGGAUUGUGGAGCUGCGCAAAGCCGGCUUGAGUUUCCGCAAGAUCAAAAAGGUGCUGGAGCUGGACAACAUCCGGGUCACCCCGCAAGCCAUCUACCUGUUCCUUAAGCGCAAGAACGUGGAGCCCAGCCAGCCCCCACCUGUCUCUUUUCUGCAACCUGCUCUUGAGAAUGGAAGCAGGAAGACUCUUGUGGACCAAGCUGGCUGGGAGGACAACCAGCUCUGGAAGUUACUGCAGGAAAACGAGACUGAGCACCAUGGGCAGAGAGAGGCUGCUGGCUCUGUGGCAGGAGUUGGCCCCAGCUAUGAGGUGCCGCCUUGUAACGGCCAUUGUGAUGGCGAGGAGCACAUCAAAAUAAUUAGCGUGACUUCCUUGAGCAAGGAUGGAGGGCCGUUUGGGAAGCAGAGUGCCUCCCAUGAGGGCCUCUCCAGCGGAUCUCAGCUGGGCCAGAAUAUGGGUAAAGCUUUGCACAGCCUCUUUGUUCACAUGUGCUGCUGGCUUCUGCUUGAGGCCUGUUUAAGAAAACUCCCACAACCUUUGCUCACAGCAACCACCCUCUGCAAGUGCAGGCUGUCAGGGGUCCACUUUCUAUGGGUUUCUGGGCUGGAGGGUGAGUGACGGUUUAGUAGCACUUCUAAGGGGUAAUAGCUUCUAGUUUAGUUCUGAGUGCCAUGUGACCUAUGAAGCCCUUAAUGGCCAGGGCUUAAGGCAGCAAUGGGGUAACACCAAACCCAUGGGCCUAAUUCGUCCUGGCACAUUGUCCCAAUUUGGCCCAUGAGGCUGUUCCUCAGAAACUGCUCCUACUUGCCCCACACUUGUCAUAUGUGAACAUUCGUGUGGGGCAGGUACAGACUUUGCUGCAAAUUUCUUUGCAAGUGGGGCUUCCUGUCAGUGCCUAUUGGCUAAUCAGCACUGAUGGAGAGUUCAAAGGCGAUUGACAGCACUAAGGAACACAUUAAAAAUAAAUGAAUCAAUUAACAAUUAUGGGAAGAUGCAUUCUUAAUUGUCUGCAUAGGCUUGGAGGAAGAUAAGAGUUUUCAGGUGUUUAAAGGUUGAAACAGAAGGCAGCUGCCAAUUCUCCAUGGACAGAGUAUUCCAUAGCACUGGACUGACAGUAACACUGAAGGCUCUGUUUUGUGUUGAUGUCAGAUGAGCCUCACCAACUUGGGAGACAGCCAUCAACACACCUGCAGAUGAUCUCAGUGAUCAAUCUAAGGGUUCAGGCUGUCCCUAAGGUACCCUGGACCUAAGUUGUUCAGGGCUUUGUAAAUCAAUACAAGGACCCUAAUCCUGGCUUGGCAGCAGAUGAGCAGCCAGUGCAGAUGUUUAGCAAUGGUAUCACACGUUCCUGGCCAUGUGUCCCCAUCAGCACAUCUGGGAGGCACCAUAUUGGUUUGCUACCCUGCUUUUCUCUGUUGGGAUGACCCUGAGGCACCUCCACUUCUUUCUCUUCUUCACUUCCAGGUGACAACUGCCCAGGGCCAAAACCUUCUGUGUCGCCCAGCUGCUUGACUCCAUUUGCACCUGCAGUUCCUCAGCAUAAUCUGAAUGGCAAAGGGAAGGCCUUUCUGCCACCUGCCCGGAAUCCUGCCUUGAUUGUGAAGAGGAAGAUCGUAGGCCGGGCCAUCCAUCUCCAGAAAAAGGUGGGAAGGGCACAGAGAGGGUGAGAGAGAGAGACAGAAAUGAGCAUGAUUGGAAGCCCAGAAUAGAAUCCCAAGUUAGCCCUAUUAUUCUUGAGUAGUUUCAUGCAACCCCUAGAGCAGUAGAAAGGGUGGGUCUGGUGUCCUUCAGUGGGGUAUGAGAGCUGAUUCCCCCCCCCCACAUGUAGGAACCAAUGCGACCCUUUGGAUUCAGAUAGCGCAUGGGUAGACCAGUCUGAAAAGCCCGGGACACAAAUUUUCAUGGCCCUCUAGUGGCUAUGGUGGCUCAUUUACCAGAAAUACCAGUAAUGUAGGUAGCUGUGUUGGUUUGAUGCAGUCGAAGUGUGCAUGCACAUGAAAGCUUAUACCCAGAACAAACUUAGUUGGUCUCUAAAGUGCUACUGAACAAUUUUUAAUUUUUAUUUAUUUAUUCAGAAAUAAUGUAUUUAGUGUUAACUCUGGAAGUUGUAUACUCGAUUCUGACCAGACCAAGCCUCCUAGAGCAAAAUAAAAGAGGGUGGAUGCAGGAUGGAGAGAAGUGCUGCAUGAGUGUCAAACCUCUGCAUUGUAUCUAGCCAAGUGUUACUCAGAGUAGACAUAUUGAAAGUGACUUGAGAUGACCCUCUUGCCUUUUGCGUGGCUGGGAUGUAGUUCGCUCCCAGAAGGGAAUGUGGCCCUUGAACUGAAUGAAAGGUUCCCCACCUGCACUUUUUUCAUCUUCUGGAAGUACAGCUCUUAAGCAGAAACUGAGUCUUCUCCCUUGUCCUUUAGGCAACUGUACAGAACGGGCAGAAUUCAUCUGGUUCUACACCCAGUUUGCCUUUCACAGUGAGGGUGCAGCCAACUGGCCAUCCUUCCAGGGGGACAACUCCUGUCCCGAUGGCAUCUUCUGGCUGCUCUGCACAUGUAAGUGACGUAGAGUUUGCGUGCUUUAAUAGCGAUAUAUGUCAGAAAGAGUAAAGGCUCCCAAGCAAAAGGAGGUUGAUUGUUUUUUGGGGGAGGCGGGGGUGGGAGUUGAAGGAUUGUGUGCAUUGAGGUGGUAAGAGAGUCUGUAAGAACUUCAGAACCCAGUUGGGGAAGAGUUAGGGCAGGGGGCCACUGACCAUUUGGGAAAUGCUUGGAAUUUUGAGAAAGUGCCAUGGGCACCAGUCACAAAAUGGCUGCCGUGAGGGCAUGGGGGUAAUUGCCACAUCAUCUUAAAGGGAAGAGACAGAGACAGGGCCACAAAAUGGUGUGGGCGUGCUCUCCCUCUCCCCUUGCAACAAUGGGGGGGGGGGAGGCAGCUAUAUCAGCCACCACCAUGCUCACUCGCAGAGAGAAGCUCUUUGCACCUCUCAUCUGAACAGAGGGUAAAAUGCCAACCCAGCGAAAUAUUGACAUGUUUUAAGGGGGCGUGUUCAAAGUAGGAGAAGCUGAGACGGUGCAAACAGGAAUUGAGGAGGAAGAGCAAACAAUCCCUGGUGUUUGGUGGAUUUUAGAGGGGAUAUUUAUGAAGACCUGCUGCAAACGCCAGAGGAGGCAUCCUGGCACUUGUGAUGUUUGUGACUCCUGAACUAGAGUCUUUAAUUGAAGAAGAGAAUAACUAUUUGGUGAUCCUACCGUGUUAUGUACUGAAGUUCUCACCCUGGGCCAGCAGGGGGAUACUGUAGAUAGUUAUGCAAAUGAAGGAUUGAAAGUGACAUUCAGUGAUUGGAUAGUUUUAGAAAGUUGUUACAGUAAUGUGGUACUGGAGCUCUAUAUAAGCAGGCUGACUGAGCCCUUCAGUUCAGUUCUGUCCUGGCCUGUGAAUAAACAAGAGCUGUUUGAAGAAUCACUGUGUCGUCUGAUAUGUUCACCCACAACUUAACACGCCAUUUCUUCUUCUUUUUUGGAUUCCCCCUCCCCUUUCUAGACUAAAGAUGCCGGUACUCAGACUUGUACAUUUAACCCCACCUACCCUCCAGUUCAUCAGAAUCCUCAGUGGGGAGCUCAGAUGACUACCUCCUUGGUCCCUGCUGCCAACCCUCAGCCGCUUGCAGAGAAACUGGAUACAGUGCACACUGAGGUCCAGAAGCUUGCGCAGGCUGUGCAUAUGGUGCUGGAGCGCCAGUGCCGACUGGAGCGCCAACAGGAGCAGCAGCAGCGCUUCCAACAGGAGCUUCUCAUGACGCUGCAGCAGCUCAGCUCCACUGUUGGCCACGGGGCGGUCCCUGCCCAUGCCCCCUGUACUCCUUACAACGUGGCUGACCCCUCGCCACCCUUGCCAAGCUUCAGCCAGUUCAAGAUGGAGCUUAUCUGACCAAGGACUAUGGGGAUGGCAGUGGAGGUAAUGAGUGAGCUGUUUUAUGUUCUAAGUGUACUGUAUUUUUCGCUCUAUAGGACGCACCAGACGAUAAGACGCAUCUAAGACGCAAGAAAAAAAAAUUCUGAAUCCCAGAAGCCAGAACAGCAAGAGGGAUCUGGCUUCUGGGAUAGCCUCUUGCUGUUCUGGCUUCUGGGAUAGCCACUGAAGCCUCUCCCGGGCAGCGGGAUGAAGGCUCCCCCUGCCUGGAAGAGGCUGCGCGCAGGUAAGCUGCCCUCUGUACCUUCCCCCAUCUCCCGCAAGAACCGCACACUCUUUAAAGGGAGUGCGGUUCUUGGGGGCUUUUCUGGGAGGUGGGGGAAGGGACAGAGCCCCCCACUUCCCACAAGAGCUCCCG